GCUCCGCUCUUGGAGCAGGAGUAUAUGACUUCUUCCAGGCCCCUCACCGACUUAAUCACCCUCAUUGUCACUAAGGUACAACCAGCGCUCUUCAACACCAAAGGCAUACAACAAAAUCAUGGCUCCUCAUGCUGAAGACCCUGUGCGAGUGACAUACGAGCCGCAAUCCCGCAUUACACUGAAGUCGAUAUCUGGUUCGGCUCGAACAAAGCAGGACGGCAACUUGGAAGAUAAACAAAGUCCCUUAGCCGAGCACUACGAGCCUGGACGCACCCCAGCUGAACAUCAUGAUGACUAUCAGUUUGACGAGCUUCGUCCUUCGUUCCCGGAUGUGCAUUGGGAUGCAUUGAGAGAAGUCCCUUACGAGGACAAAGGUAUACGUGGCGACCCACGUUUCAGCAAUCUACUCGAUGCAGCAGAUGAUGUAUUCGAUUAUGGACCAAAGAUCGGAACUGAGUUGACUGGGGUUAACCUCGCUCAACUCAACGAGGCUCAGAAGUGCGAUCUGGCAAGACUGAUCGCAACACGCGGGGUGGUCUUCUUCCGCAACCAAGACAAAUUUGACGUUGACUCUCAGAGAGAACUGGGGAAGUUUUGGGGGACUCUGCACAAGCACGCCACCACAGGCGUUCCAAAACAGGGUGGUUUGGACGAUGUGCACGUUAUCUACACGACCGAGCAGUCUGCAGAUCAAAGGGCACUCUUCACUCCCACUUUCCUAUGGCAUUCAGAUGUAACAUACGAAGUGCAACCACCAUCAUACACAUCCUUGAAGGUUCUCACGGGGCCUCCUCGUGGUGGAGGUGGCGACACUCUAUGGUGCUCACACUACGCUAUCUACGAUGUGUUAUCGGCUCCGAUGCAGAAGUAUCUAGAGGGCCUCACAGCAUUGCACUCUGCUGAUAUGCAGGCCCAAGGUUCAAGGGAAGCAGGACGGCCUGUUCGUCGGGAGCCCGUCACGACCGAGCACCCCUUGAUUCGAGUCAAUCCUGUUACAGGCUGGAAAUCUCUGUUUUUCGCCCCAGGGUUUGUGACGAAGAUUGUCGGUAUACCUAAGGCUGAAAGUGACGCCAUUAUCCGUUAUCUCAACGAAUUACUUACUACGACUCAAGAAGCCCAUGUCCGCUUUCAAUGGGGCAAGAAUGAUGUUGCUAUCUGGGAUAAUAGGGUGACUACACAUACCGCCACAUUUGGCUUUGCACCUCAUAGGCGGCAUACGGUUCGCGUAGCCGCGACAGCUGAAAAGCCUUACUUCGACCCUGCCGGGAAGUCUCAGGAGGAAGAAUACAAUAGGAGAUGGGACUUGCCGCAGACGAACAAGGAUGGGUCAGGAAGGUCCAACUACAACGAUUGAAUGACUAAAACAUGAAAUUUGAGGCCGGAGUCUGCUGGGUAUCUCUGGGAACAUUCUAUGAACUUAAAGCUAGGGAAAAAAGGCAGGUAGGUAUCGAUCGGUUUGCUUCCUAGCAACAUUCGAUCACGGCUUGGCGAGACCGACUCCCCAUGCACCGGGUGUCUACCUGGUGCCUUCUCAUGUCUGUGCUUCAUUCCCCUACGCAACUUACCGUCUGUCACACGCCAGCUGCAAUGCCAUGUCUGGCCCCAGCGUCGUGGAGUACGCUCGGUUUCACGGC